GUGGCUCCAAUUCCAUAAGCGCAGUCCUGAGCAGCAGCGCGCUAAGCACACGUGAUUACUCCAUUACGUAAUUCCGUCCGAUCGAUCGUCGUGUUAGCUCUCCGUCCUCUCUCUCUCCCUAUCGGUAGUAUACCUAUACCUGCUCUCAUACUCCAAGAGGACAGACUUGCAGUCACAUCUGACUAACAAAAUCUACCAUAUAGGCUGCGACAAAGCCUUUCCGUGGCGCGAAGAUGGACUACGGCAGGUUGAAAGAGCUUGCAGAAGCAUUUGUAGGGAGAGGUUGUCAGGAGUACCCCAGUGAGCUGGAGGGUCUCCUCGGAGAGACGGCCAUCACUGGAACUGUCAGGAUGCAGUGGAGCAUCUUUUGUCCGGUGCUUCACCAUAGACUAGAGCAGGAGAUCAACUCUGCCUUUGUGUCUGAGGGUGAGCUGGGGGAGGAGGACAAGGAAAUGAGACAGCAGCUGUUGAAACACCUGGACCACUUCGAGAAUGCUCCGUUCACAGUCCAGAGACUGUGUGAGCUAAUUCUGCAGCCCAAGAAGCACUACAAGAAGUUGGACUGCUACCUCAAAGCAGUCGAAAAGGUAAAACCAUCAUUCCCUCUAUUCCCUACACACACUAUCGAGUGGACUGCGAUUGAAAUACGUGUUCACUGCAUCUCUCCACAGAAUCUGUUGGUGGUAGGCACGCAAGAACCGGAUCUGGAUUGGAUGAAGAAUCCAAGACUAGUACCACAAGAGAAGCUCACUCAAAAUGCAAUCAAAGAGAACGGAACGACAGAUAUUUCAAAAGAGGAGGACCCCCACAGCCCCCCUGCAGCCCCGCCCCCCAUGGACAAGGACUCACCUCCGACAGCACCCACGUCGACCUGGUCCAACACGAGAGAAGAUGGAGGGGCAGAGGAAGAGGAGGAGAAGAACGGAGAAAUCGCUGGCAGCCAUGGCAGAGUCGUGGAGACAGGGAGGGCCCGUUCACCGCCACCCCUCAGUCGGAAGAGAAGCAGAGACAGUCUGGAAGAAGAUGAAGACAAGUACCACAUCACUGUUCGCCAGGAGGCAGACUCGACCGUGAAUUUCGAGCCCCCCUCGUUUGACCCCCCGCCCCCCUUAUUCCAGGUGAUCGACGAGUCCCCCACCAGCAAGAAGUCCCGGGAGUGUGUGUCGGAGGUGGACGACGGGAGAGGGAGUGAGAGUGGGGAGGGUGUGAAGGGUGAGGGAGGGGAGGAGAAGAUGGAGGGUGUUCUUUCUUCCUCGUCUGAAGUGAUGGAAACAGCGGCCACUGAGUCCGGGGCAGGGGAGGGAGAACAAAAUCCCAAAACCUGUGAAACUACGUUGGACAGGUCCAGUCAGGAUGAGGCAACCCCUGGCAAUCGAGACGUGAAGCAGGUGUGUCCUUCAGAGAGUCCUGAACCCAUGAUCACUAACUAACCCCUGCCUCUCUCCUCUGACCUACACCUUCAUCUUGUCAGUCUCAGUCUGAACUGUCCCAUACACCUGUGUCACGUAUCUGCGUCUUUGUCUAUUUUUCAAUCGGGAUUUUACGUUUCUUUCUUUGUUUCCACUUCUCUGUUGUACUAAACUGCCUCGUCCCGCUCCCAUGUUUUGGAACCUGGGAUCGAGACUGGAUCCAUUUCACUUAACUUUCAUCACAGCUGUAAUAUUACACAACACAAAAUCUUUCGUUCCAAAGUUCGCUGCUUGUGUGUUCACAUCAUCUCUUGUAAUUUUGUCAUAAUAAGUAUCAUAGGUUUUUUGAAUUUUGAACAAGACAAAAUAUUUUGGUGGGCGAUAAAAUUU